GAAGCAGCCUCCCGGUGUCCACAAGAAGAUCAUCGAAGGCUUCAAAGCUCAAGGCGAUGUGCAGUUUCAGGAAUUUCAGGACGGCAGAAGCGCAGAGGUCAGCGCGGCGGCGCAGUUCAAGAGGAAGCUGGCGAUGGUCACUCAGAUCUUCUUAGGCCCG